GCCGUGAAAAUUUUUUGAGGUGGGCAAAAUCCCAGGACCGCACGCGCUCAAGCCUUCAUUGUGUUUCGCUGUCAGUUGCAUUUAUUCCUAUAAUUCACGCCGCGCAUCCUCCAGUGCAACACACGCUUGCGCUGUAGCUUUGCAAUCCACCAGGCACACGUGUGCAGCCGUAGAUUGCAGCGCUCGCGAUCGCACAACAUGGACUUCAUCCUCAACUGCUUCCGCAAGCCCACGAAGCUCGACGCCGCGACGCUCGAGUGCCAGGACGCGAGCACGUCGGGCGCCAUCAUCGACGCGUUGAAAGGAGACGCGGGCUUCGGCAAACUAAGCACAUUUGAGGGCGACGCGAUCGUCCAGAGAGACGAGGAGGACGCCGAGAAGCUGCAAAAGGGUGUUGAUGCGUCUGUUGCCGCGGGCGUGUUGCCCAAGUUAAAUCCGCCGCCCACCUAUCAGGUGAUCGAUGUGCUGGGCAAGACGCCGGAUGACGUGUGUGAUGCGAUUUUGAAGCACAUGGGAGACGCCGCGAACAAGGGCGGCGUCGUCGUGUUAUGUGGUUUGAGCGGCACGGGCAAGGGCACGACGGUCGCGCGCUUACAAGCUCGAUUAGGCCCGGGCAAGACGAAGACCUGGUCGAACGGCGACGUGUUUCGAUCGUUAACUCUACUGGCAGCUACCUGGCGCGAAAAAAACUACAACCCGGCCUGGGACAAGGCGUUGACCCCCACACGCGUCGCGGAGUUCAUGGGCAUGCUCGAGUUCGGGAAAUUCGAGGGCUCCUGGGACAUUAGAGUGCGCGGUUUGGGCGUCGACGCGUUAGUCUCGAAGGUGAAGAAUACCACGCUAAAAGCUCCUUUGGUGGCCAAGAACAUCCCCACCGUUGCGGAAAGGACCCAGGGCGAGGUCGUGACCUUCGCCGCCGCGGCGGCCAAGAAAAUGGGCGACGACGGUUUAGUUGUGUUGCUAGAAGGAAGAGAAGCCACGGUGAACUACAUCCCGUCGCCCUACCGCUACACGCUGACCAUGAGCGACCGCGCGGUGCUCGGCCAGCGCCGCGCGGCGCAGCGCCUCGCCGCGGCGGUGCUCAAGGACGUGGGGGAGGGCGCUUCGGAAGAGGCCAUCUCGGCUUCCUUGCGAAAGAAGUUGAAUGAGUUCCUCGAGGAGGUGCCGUGAUUUGCUGUCCGCCCGUGCGGGGACAG